AUGCCGACCAUGGGUCAAAGCCUUCAGGAAGCUCGCCGUCCGUCGAAACCCUUAGCAAGCCCCAGAACAACCCUCACCAUUGGACAUUGGAACGUGAGGACUAUGUACAGAGGAGGGGCUCCAGCACAGAUCGCGAGAGAGAUGGAGGGGUACCAGCUGUACAUCCUUGGAAUUAGCGAGUGCAGAUGGACAGGAGCAGGCAGGAUAAAGAUGGCUUCGGGACAGACACUGAUUUACAGCGGAGAUGACGAACUGCACGAGGGUGGUGUUGCCAUCAUGAUUAGCCAGGAAGCAGUGAAGUCACCCAUGGAAUGGACCCCCAUCAACAAGAGGAUUAUAACAGCCAGAUUCUAUUCAAGUUGCAGGAGAUUGACUAUUGUUCAAGUGUACGCCGUACACAAUGAAAGAGAAGACGAGGAGAAGGAACAGUUCUACCAAGAACUACAGGAAGUAAUUGACGGUUGCAAGAAGAAUGACAUCAUCAUCGUCAUGGAGGACCUCAACGCAAAGGUUGGAAAUGAUAACCAAUGGUAA